AUGGACAUUGGCACGAUCUCAAGUGAUAGCCCCGUCAACAUCGCAAAUAAUUCUUCCACGUCAAAGUUGACUUUUGAAUUCACAAUCAAUAAUGUUAAACAACUUGAUGGCCCCAUUUAUUCCCCACCGUUUGGAACUUCGUCGGAUAUUUUCUGGCAAUUAAAGUUCGUUCCGGUGAACACUGAACAUCCCACAUAUUGUUCGCUUUUCUUGGUGGCCCUCCUGAAUAAAAAAGAAAGCAUGUCCACGGGUGUCGGUCAACGUCAACACAUACUGCCCGCCAUGAUCUAUCUAAGAGAUCCAACAUCUAAUCUGAUAAUGAUGGAUCACGACAGUGGAUUCGUACCACCUUAUCUUAAGAAAUGCUUUGUCGCAAAUGACAAGUUCACUUUUAAGAAACCGCAAAGAGGAGCCGCGCAGUUUUUCCCGCGUUCCAAGUUUCCCGAUGAUCUUAUCAUAGGCGUCGGAUUUCGAGUGGCUCAAUGGCAAAGUCACAGGAUACCAAUGCCUUUUCCUGUUGCCUCCACGUCCGAUGACCUAAUCUCUGCAUGGGAAGAACAAUUGAAUAGGCGUGAUAUUGUUGAUGUUCAGUUUAAUAUCGACGAUCGUAAAAUAUAUGCAAGUAGCUCAUUGCUUUCAAAGCGCUCGGUGUAUUUCGCGCGACUUUUUCAACAGCAAUGGGCUGAAUCGAUGGUUUCAAAUCAAUUAUCCGCUUAUAGUAAACACCAUCCAUUUUCUACUCCGGAAACGUCUCAUGCGUCACCGGCAGCACAAGAAACAGAGAUGACAUACGCACCUAUCAGGUAUAACAUCGAAAUCACCGAUUUCGAUUAUGACACCUUUCUGACGAUGUUGAGAUUCCUUUACACCGGUCGUGCGAGUCCUAUAAAUCCGAAUAAUGCUGUACGCGAUAACGUGCUUGAAGUAUUUGCAAUUGCGGACAAGUAUUUGAUCUCGGAAUUGAGGCAACGAGCAAUGGCUAAGAUCGAUCGAGAUCUUACACCUGAGACUGCGGGCGACGUAUUAUUCGGGUGGGCGUGGAAAUGGCCAGACUUAAAAGAGAUGGUUACAAAUUACAUUGUAAAAAACUUUGGGAAGAUCAGAAAAACUCAGGAGUGGAAAAGCAUUGGUAGACGAUACCCAACUUCGGCAGAACUGAUGGAAGAAACUUUGACCUUGAUGAUACCCGAUACUCCUCCUGCCGAAUCUUCGAGAGCAUCCGGAAAGAAGUGA